AUGACGGACGUCAAGUACGAGAACGGAAAGCCCACGUUUGAAGCCACCACAGUUGUGAAGUGUUUUAAGGACAACGGCAACGGUCUCCUCUUCCGCCUUGUCAACGACGACAGCAAGCAGUGGGCCUUCUACAAUGACACGAAGGAUUACAACAUGGUGGUGAAGGCUGCCUUCGGCAAGGACAGCAAGGUGGAACCACUGGGCACGACAAAGAUGGAAAAGGAUGAGGAAACCGGUGAGUUUAAGUGUGAGGUCCACGUCAGUCCCCUUGCGACGGAGCUGUUCGUCGGGGGCGAACCCAACGGCUACAAGCUGAACUUUGAGGCUAACCCUGUUGCCAAGUAG